UUGCCUUCUUUGUUGCCAUCUCCGACGAUUUCUCCGACAACGGUCAACCAUGAGCGUCCGCGACAUGUACAUCUCCCAGUACACGGCCGAGCACUCGGAGGCCAACGCAGAGCCCAACGUGCCGAAUGUGCUCCGCCAGCCAAAAGCUGUGUCGGCGCAUAGGGGCACUCCGUCGCAGGUGGCGUGGCCCGAGCGGCAUCCGAGCGCAGCGCUGCGGCUGGCGUCCAUCCGCGGCCUCGAGGCCCAGACGUCGUACGGUGACGGCUUCGGCAGCAUCACCGGUGGUGACGCCAAGACUGCCGACAAGACUGAUGGUGGGCGUGCUGUGCCAGACAACGUGGUGGUUGUCCCGUCGGGUUACUCAGCGAACAAUGCCAACACCAUGGCGAGCCAUGCGCUUGGCUACGGCGGCGAUGGUGAACGGUGGCAGCAGUCGUCACGCCUGGCAAGCGCGGGCGUCGAGGCGCUCGACUACGGCGCGUCGGCGACGCGGUCCGGCCGGGUGGCACCGGACAUUGUCAAGACUGCCUCGGGCUUUACCAUCAACUGCCCGCCGCCGGCGGUGUCUGCCGGCCAGGGCACCACCCAGCCGACAGGCGUCUCGGUCUACACGGCGUCGUUUGAUGGUGAGGCGACCAAGGACGCGAUCGCGGACGCCGCCGCUCGCCCGGUCCCGCUAGUCAACUUCGUCGAAGACUCGUCGUUUGCGCGAUCGAUCACAACCCAGCCGCCGUUUGUGCAGGGCGUCGAGUGGGCGUCGACGUCGCGGUCGGCAGAUGCGCUCGCCGCUGCCGCCCGCGCGCGCCGCUCCACCACAGAGCUCGCAGCGCAGGCCGCAGUCGAGAGCCUCCGCGCCCGGCCGACAAGUUCCAAGCAGAGGGCGGCACGGGUCACCGCCCGCCUGCUAGGCGUCCAAACCCGGAUCAUGCCGCACUCGCCGGGCGCCUCCCUGGCGACUGCGGGUGAGACCGAGUACGGCGAGCACUACGUCGACGUCAACAGCGAGUUCCCCGCCGCGUCACCAAACGCCUACGCGGCCGCACACGUCGCAAGCAUGGGCUGAAUGAAGGACGUGCACUCGAAGCUCAGCAAAAGUGGAUGCCGGCCUCAUUAAACUUGGUCAGCAG